CAAUACUUAACAUUCCCAUCCGUCUCUCUCUCUCUCUCUCUCUGCACCUGCUUUUUGUAUCGAGUGCAGGCGAAUAAAAUGGCGGUGGUGGGAUUGAGACUUCCUAUUCUCUGCAUGAUUUUUGGGCUUCUAGUCGCGGUGGGUUCAGCCGGGCAUUCCGCGCCGGCGCCGGCGGUGGACUGCUCGAGUCUGGUACUGAACAUGGCUGAUUGUUUGUCGUUCGUGACGGCGGGAAGCACGACGAAGAAGCCGGAGGGAACGUGCUGUUCUGGGCUGAAAACUGUGCUUAAGACUGACGCCGAGUGUCUCUGCGAGGGGUUUAAGAACAGCGCCCAGUUGGGAGUUACGCUGAAUGUCACCAAGGCCUUGACUCUGCCUUCCGCUUGCCAUGUCUCUGCUCCCUCCGUCAGCAACUGUGGAUUGAGCAUUGGCACUGGUGCUGCCCCAGCUCUCUCGCCAUUGGCACUAGCUCCAAGCACAGUUGCAGGGGCUCCAACGGCCACUAUUGGAGCCAACGACGUUGCUCCAGCCCCAGCUCCAGGCAGCUCCGGCUCUUCUUCACUCACUUCCUCCAUCGGGCUGCUCGUUCUUGCUGCUGUAUCUUUUUCUUUAUUCUAGGAGCACAGACGGCGGGAGCUCUUUCUGGGUAUCGGUCAUUUUCCGACCGACCAUUGUGAUGUUAUAUUUAUAAAUUGCCUGGAGCUUACUCGAUCUGGCUAGACUUUUUUCAAUGUGUUGAGACCAGGAAGGAAGGGGUACAUAGGAGUUUGAGGUGGUUUGUUGUUAGUAUGAUAUGAGAAUUCUUAUUGACUUGUGUUUCUUUUUUACUUAUGAUGAUGCUUUCAUUUGUCUAUGCUA